AUGGAGAGGUGCGAGAUGGAUGUGGGGAGGAGCGGGCAUGCUGCAGUCUGCAGUGGCCCAAGGAGACGUUGGCCUGGCAGCGGCGGCGGGAGCGGUUGGAGGCGACCACGGGCAUCCAGUCGUCACGGCAAGGGGCCGGUGAUGUGGCUGCUCAAGGUCCGGUUCAUCUUGGAUGUCACGGAGACUCCUGCUUAA